AUUAGAGCAAUGGAACAGUGGAACAACUUGCCUCCAGAAAUUAUGUUGAGCCCUCUCCAGAAGUGCGGCUCUGAAGGUUGCCUCGUCGAUUGUGACUUCCUGCCAUGGCAACGGAGCACCCUUCGGAAGCAGGACCAGAGCUGUGAGGAUCCGGAGUUGAGGAACGACUGUGAAAAGCAGGAGAAACCUUCCACCCCAAGCAUUCGCUUAGAUGACACCGAGGUGAUCAACUGUCUUCAGCUCCCUCUUCAAGAUCCGGGAGGGUUCUGGCGCUCUCGAAGUGAAGGACGUUUGGAUCAACAAGGGGCACCAUGCCAAAGGGGAACUGAGGAAGGGAACAAAACAGGAAGUGGGUGGAGCUUGCCGUCCCCCAAAUCUUUGAGGAAAGAGCGACAACUGGGCGAGAAAUUGACAGCAGCAAAGCAACACCUGAGGAAUUUCUUUGGAGGAUCAAAUAAAUCACUGGCCUCCAGUGUGGAAUCAGACGUAGGGUCAGACUGCGAUGGCAGCCAUCAGAACACACAGCAGAAGCAAAAACAUCCCCGAAAGAAGAACAAAAAAAAUUUCCUAAGGUUGUGGAGCUCAGGAAAUCAGGACCUCCAGUCACUAAGGCCAACUCCCGAGGAAGCCCAAGAAUGGGCAGAAUCUUUGGAAAAACUGCUACUACACCCAUAUGGUCGAGCUGCUUUCCACGCUUUCUUGAAAUCAGAAUUCAGCGAAGAGAACUUGGACUUCUGGAUGGCCUGUGAAGAUUAUCGAAAACUCCGAGGAUGUGACAAACUCCAGGAUAGUGCAAAAAAGAUUUUUGACCAAUAUAUCACGAUCCAAGCUCCAAAAGAGGUGAACCUUGAUUCUCAGACCAGAGAUGUUACCAAUCGGAACAUUUUGCUCCCCACCCGGUCUUGCUUUGACCAAGCCCAAAAGAGGAUCUUUGGGUUGAUGGAGAAAGACUCGUAUCCUCGCUUCCUUCGUUCCCUUGUCUAUCAAGAGCUGGUACAGCCUGAUAAAGAGCAGCCGAACGGCCCCUUGUAAAUCUGUGGCAUUUGCCCUUCCUCUUCUUCUGAAGCCAACUUGACCAAGGAGAUACCUGGAGACGGCUUUGCUGUUCAGGAUAUGGACAAGCCAAGAACGUUUGGGAGAAAUGGGCUGCCUUUGUGCUAUUCUGUUAAGAUGGUGAACCUUUCCCAUUCCUAAACAUUAUGGUGGGUGAAAGAGAUGGUGGAAAGUUGGACUGUUGCUCAUUUGGCAUGGACAAGUGGCUUUGAGGGGUCCUUGGUGCUCUCUCAGCUUGCUCGUUUACUUGCAGACGUUUCAUUACCCAAACUAGGUAACAUCAUCAGUGCUAGUACAAGUGGCAUUUUUGGACGUCAGUAAAAUAUUAGGCUUCUAGGAUGACAGGCAAAAUUGUGCAUAUUUUGUUUGUGUCAAAACAAAUGAAAGCAACUUUAUGUUGGAGCAUAUAAAGCUGGGUGGUGCCUGCACUGAUGUUGGCAUACAGUUGCUCAGGUUGGAAAAUGAAAUGGGUUGAUUGCCUGGUGUAUUUAUAUGUCUGUUUAAGCUUGGUCUCCAAUUUUACCAAAGUCUUAGAGGUUUCCCGUCCCCUGUUGUUAUAGAAAUAUUUGGGAUUGAAGUUGGCACCUUCAUGUGUUUGUUGCUCUCAGUGUGUGAAAUUAGGCAUUGUAAAGACUGCCUAGGAAAUGUAUAGGAAGCCAAAAAUGGGGCAUCAGAGCGUGAAACACUUAACAUUUCACAGAUUUCCUAGGCAGUCUGUGCAACACCAAAAGGCAAACUAGCAAAAUAUAAAAUACUUCCACUGAAAAGCCAUUCUGGACUUCCUUAUUGUAUCAGAUGGGUCAAUAAUGGCAUCUUUUGUUUAUUUUUUUCAGUAGGAAAGUCCUGUAUUUUAUUUUGCAUUUCUUUCAUUUUCAUAUACAUUUUUUCAAUAAAGGGUUAGGAUUAGGAUUAAGUAUGAAAAGAGUGUCAUGAAAAGGGCUAGGGCAGUGGUGGCGAACCUAUGGCACGCGUGCCAGAGGCGGCACGCAGAGCCCUCUCUGUGGGCACGUGCCAUUGCCCCAGCACACAUGGUCUCUAAAAGUUCACCAUCACUGGCCUAAGG